UUUAUUAAAAAACACUAACCACACAAAUAAUUUUCAUUCUAUAUUUUAAUUAUAGUACUUACUCUUUAUUUACAAAAUGGCUGGCCUAUUUCUACUAGUCAUUUUUUUACUUUCUCCGGCGCCGGCGACAUUGGCCGGACAUGACUACGGCGAAGCUCUAAGCAAGAGCAUUCUCUUCUUUGAAGCUCAGAGAUCCGGCUACUUGCCCGACAACCAGAGAGUUCAAUGGCGGGGCGAUUCCGGCCUCAGCGACGGCAAAAUCAGCGGGGUGGAUCUUGUCGGAGGGUACUAUGACGCCGGAGACAAUGUGAAAUUUGGACUGCCGAUGGCUUUUACGGUUACUAUGAUGAGCUGGAGCAUUAUCGAAUACGGCGGCCAGAUUGAUAGCGGCGGCGAACUUCAGCAUGCCGUCGACGCCGUUAAGUGGGGGACUGAUUAUUUCAUCAAAGCUCAUCCCCAACCUUAUGUGCUCUAUGGGGAGGUUGGAGAUGGAAACACAGAUCACUACUGUUGGCAAAGACCAGAGGACAUGAGCACCUCAAGAGCUGCCUACAAGAUUGACGCCGAUCACCCGGGAUCCGACCUUGCCGCCGAGACUGCUGCUGCCAUGGCUGCCGCUUCCAUUGUCUUCCGCUCCUACAACUCCUCCUACUCCGCGGAGCUUCUCCAACAUGCUCAUCAGCUAUUUGAAUUUGCGGACAAGUACAGAGGCAAAUAUGAUAGUAGCAUCACGGUAGCGCAGAAAUACUACCGUUCUGUCAGUGGAUACGCCGAUGAAUUGUUGUGGGGCGCUGCAUGGUUGUACAAGGCAACAAACAAUGAGUACUACUUGGAUUACCUAGGGUACAACGGCGAUGCACUUGGCGGAACUGGAUGGUCCAUCACUGAAUUUGGUUGGGAUGUUAAAUAUGCCGGAGUUCAAACCCUCGUUGCCCAGCUCCUAAUGGCCGGGAAAGGUGGUAAGCACACACAAAUAUUCAAGCGAUACAAAGACAAGGCUGAGUUUUUCAUGUGCUCGUGCAAUGCACGACGAACUCCUGGCGGCCUCAUUUUCCGGCAACCAUGGAACAAUAUGCAGUUUGUUACCACUGCUUCCUUUCUCAUGUCUGUCUACUCCGAUUAUCUAACCUCUGCUUCCACCUCCCUCGCUUGCCCUAACCGCCCCGUCUCUCCCUCCCAACUUCUUGCCUUGGCUAAAUCUCAGGUGGACUACAUUCUUGGAGACAACCCUCGAGCAACGAGCUACAUGGUGGGGUACGGGAAGAACUACCCUCAACAAGUGCACCAUAGAGCUUCUUCCAUUGUAUCACACAAAGUGGAUCCUUCAUUUGUCAGCUGCAGGGGAGGCUAUGCUUCUUGGUUUAACAGAAAGGCCAGUGAUCCUAACAUUCUCACAGGCGCUGUUGUAGGCGGCCCCGAUGCUUAUGACAACUUCGUCGACCACAGAGACAAUUAUGAACAAACCGAACCGGCCACCUACAACACUGCCCCUCUUGUUGGCGUGUUGGCCCGCUUACACGCUGGUCACAACGGCUACAAUCAGCUGCUUUCAGUCGAGCUGCCAGAGACGAAGAAUCCGAAACCAGUCACAAAUCGACGCCAAGGGUUGAUUAUUGUUGAGCAGAAUGUGACGAAUUCCUGGAUUGCAGAAGGCAAGACUUUCUAUAGAUACUCGGCUAUAGUGAGCAACAAAUCUUCUAAGAAAUUAAAGAAUUUGAAGCUUCGUAUAUUGAAUAUACACGGGCCUCUUUGGGGUCUCACGAAAUCCGGUGAUGAUUACUUUUUCCCAAAAUGGAUGGAGUUUUUGGGCGCAGGGAAGACUAUGGAGUUCGUGUAUAUUCAGCCGGCCUCACCAGCGCAAGUUUUGGUGUCAAGUUACACUCUAGUAUAG